AUGAGUAUGAUGGGAGAACUGACGUUCUUUCUUGGACUUCAAAUUCAACAAUCUGAAGAAGGAACAUUCAUAUGUCAGACUAAAUAUACAAAGAAGUUGAUCCAAAAAUUCGGCAUGAGUAGUGCCAAAGCUAUCGUCACACCAAUGAGUCCUUCAACAAGUCUCGACAAAGAUGAACAGGGAAAAUCUAUUGAUGAAAUUAAGUAUCGUGGAAUAAUUAGUUCUCUUAUUUAUUUGACUGCUAGUCGACCAGAUAUUAUGUUCAGCAUUUGUAAAUGUGCCAAGUUUCAGUCAGCUCCUAAGGAGUCUCACAUGACUGCAGUAAAAAGAAUCCUUCGAUAUCUUAUUGGAACUAUCUCUCAUGGAUUAUGGUAUCCUCGCUCUAACAAUUUUAAAUUAGAAGGUUUUUCAGAUGUUGAUCUUGCAGGUGAUAAGGAAGACAGAAAAAGUACAAGUGGGACAUAUCAAUUGCUUGGCAAAGCUUUGAAAUCUUGGAAUAGUAAAAAAUAA